AAUUUCGUUCGCCAAGCCAGCCAGUCCAGUCCAGUACAGCCAGUCCAGUCCAGUCCAGUCCGCAGGAGCAGUCAUCGAAAGGGAGCCAUGUUGGUCAAGGUCUUAAUGUUCGCAUUGCUCGUGGCUCUGAGCCAGGCGAAGCCCCAGCUGUUGGUCACGACGCCAGUGAGUUAUGCCACCGGAGCGGGUGCCUCUUGGCUGACUCCCUCCUCCGCCUCCGCCGCCUACUAUCCGGCCUAUGCCAGCUAUCCGGCCUACGCGGCGUAUGCGUAUGCACCGGUUUAUGGCGCAUACGCCACGUAUCCCUACUACUCGUAUUUAGGACGGUGAAUCCUGCCGCUGCGGGCUAACUGGAAUACUCAGUAGAUUCGUAGGUAUUCCGAGUUUGUGUACAGUUUUGUUAAAAACGCAGCAAUGUUUCAGCAGCAGUGUGAUUGGAUUUAUAAACGUAACUUGAUUGUAAGAAAUUAAUAACUUUUUGUUUGGUAAAUAUAAAUUAUUACUUCUACUGAGUGUAAUUGCUUUGGAGCUAUUACUAAUAUAAAACUUAAAGUGUGCCUUGUAAAAUGGUUGUUCUUAAAUUUUAUUACGCAAAUCUAUAGCUUUCAUUUAAAAUAUACAUACAUAUAUGCUUUUAAGAUUAUUAUUAAAGCAGCAUCGUAAAAAGUAAAAAAAACUAAAACA